GUCGUAAGGAAGAUUUGUGUACAGGAGGUAGACGAUUGUUUUAAUGACGAUUCUUCUGAAAACUGUAAACCUAUACCUACAAUAUAAUCGUUUAUUUGAAAAGAAGCUCGUGUAAUCAACCAAGUGACAAUGGGUGACAGCGACGACGACAAGUCAGAUCCGGAAAUGCAUCUUACUGGAUUUUUAUUUGGGAAUAUCGACGAAUCUGGACAGCUCGAAAAUGACGUUCUCGACAAUGAAUCAAAACGGCAUUUGGCAUCGCUAUCAAGAUUGGGUUUCAGCUCUUUCGUGAGGGAAUUGAUUGGCAUAGAUCAAGAAGUGGGAAAGAGCGACAGUGAUUCGGAUAAUGAGAGUGAGUUAAGGAGCCAAGAACACUGCUCUGCAGAAUCCCAACGUUCUCUCAACGACACACAGUCAACAAACGACGAAAAUUAUGCAGUCAAAUCACCAUCUGCAGUUGAUUAUUCUGAUAUUACGGAACUUGCGGAAGAAGAGCUUGCGGAGGCAAACUCGGUUCUGCAGCAGCAGGCAGGGAAGGUAGAUGACAGUACUGACUAUGAUGCUGAUGAUGAAGGGACAGGACUUAAGUCAGAUACUCAGUUGAUGCCUCCACCAGCAAUGCCGGUUUUAGGCAAGGAUGCAACUGCUGCGGAGAGAGCUGCAGCAGAAGCUGAAGCAAGAAAGCGCAAACUUGAAACUCCAUUAGCUGCCAUGCUGCCAUCAAAGUAUGCAGAUGUUGAUGUCACUGAACUAUUCCCAGAUUUCCGCGUGGAUAAGGUUCUACGAUUUUCUCGUCUCUUUGGACCAGGAAAGCCAAGCAGCCUGCCUCAGAUUUGGCGUGGUGUUCGGAAGCGGCGCAAACGUAGGAAACAGCAGUUGCAACAAGAUAAUUCUGAUUCAGGAUCAGAUCAGGAUAAUAUACAUGAAAGGAAAAGGGGAUGGACAUUUAAUUAUGGUCCACCUCCACCUCCAGAGAUGUGUGAGUCUGAUGAUGAGGAAAAACUGUUAUGCCCUGCAGAAGACAAAUCACAGGGGGUGAAACAAGAUGAUGGUGAUAACAACAACAUGGGGCCCAGAGUUGCAGACUGGAGAUUUGGACCUGCUCAAGUCUGGUACGACAUGCUGGAAGUUCCAGAAACUGGAGAAGGUUUUAACUACGGCUUCAAAGUUAAUGAAAAGGCAGGUGAAGAGGAGGUGGAACAAUUGACUGAGGACUAUCCAGAUGAUGCAUUUUUAAUGGUAUCUCAGCUGCACUGGGAAGAUGAAGUUGUAUGGAAUGGAGAUGAAAUCAAACAUAAGGUGAUGCAGAAGCUCAACAGCAAGACAAAUGCUGCUGGGUGGGUUCCUAGUAGUGGCAACAGGACUGCCCAGGCUUUCAGCCAGCCAGGCAAGGGAGUGCCCCACAUAGUUGGAGGCUCUGUCAGGCUGGGUGCUGGCCAGAUGCCUGGUCUGUCCAGCUCCGUCAACAAGCAGAACAAGAACAUGUUGGUGAGUAAACAUCAGCAGAGAGGUGACGAUAAUACAGAUGAUACUUGGUAUUCCAUUUUUCCAGUCGAAAAUGAGGAGCUUGUGUAUGGAGCUUGGGAAGAUGAAGUUAUUUGGGAUUCUGAAAAUAUGUCUCACAUACCUAAGCCAAAGAUUCUGACACUUGAUCCAAAUGAUGAAAACAUCAUAUUGGGAAUACCUGAUGACAUAGAUCCAGCAAAACAGAGACUUGAUUCAGUGACUCCAGCAAAAGUAAAAAUUCCUCAUCCUCACGUAAAGAAAUCAAAGAUCCUUCUUGGGAAGGCCGGUGUAAUCAACGUCAUGGAAGAAGAUGCACCACCUCCACCACCAAAGUCACCAGACAGGGAUCCUUUUAAUGUUUCCAAUGACAGAUACUAUAUGCCUCGGUCUUCAGAAUCAUCUCUGCGUCUUAAAGUCAGUGGUGGAAACUUGAUUCAGCAUUCAACACCAGUUGUGGAGCUGCGUGUUCCAUUCGUGCAAACACACAUGGGUCCAAUGCGUCUCCGGAACUUUCACAGACCACCUCUCAAACGAUUUUCUCAUGGUGCACUGGCUCACCCUGGCCCACACCAUGUUCUUCCUCUAUUAAAACAUAUUCGGAAAAAGGCUAAACAAAGAGAACAAGAAAGGGCUGCUUCUGGUGGGGGUGAUGUGUUUUUCAUGAGAACUCCCGAGGAUCUCACUGGCCGUGAUGGUGAUCUUGUUCUUAUUGAGUUUUGUGAAGAACAUCCUCCACUCAUCAAUCAGGUGGGAAUGUGCUCAAAAGUGAAGAACUACUACAAGCGAAAGGCUGGGAAAGAUCAAGGGCCGCAAGAAUAUCGGUAUGGUGAAAUUGCAUAUGCCCACACAUCACCAUUUUUAGGACAGUUACCACCUGGACAGUCCUUGCAGGCUGUUGAAAACAACAUGUAUCGAGCUCCAAUUUAUGAACAUAAAGUGCCUGAGACUGAUUUCUUAGUGAUACGAACCAGGCAACAGUAUUAUAUACGAGAAAUUGAUGCAGUGUUUGUGGCUGGCCAAGAAUGCCCACUUUAUGAAGUACCUGGACCAAAUUCAAAGAGAGCAAACAAUUUUGUUCGUGACUUUUUACAGGUUUUCAUUUAUAGACUAUUCUGGAAGAGUGAACAUGUUCCUCGUAGGAUUAAAAUGGAUGACAUAAAAAAGGCUUUUCCAUCACAUUCAGAAAGCAGCAUAAGGAAACGCUUGAAACUCUGUGCUGAUUUCAAACGAACAGGUAUGGACUCCAACUGGUGGGUCAUAAAGCCAGACUUCAGACUUCCUACAGAAGAGGAAAUACGUGCUAUGGUUUCCCCUGAGCAGUGCUGUGCAUACUUCAGUAUGAUUGCUGCUGAACAGAGGCUCAAGGAUGCAGGCUAUGGAGAGAAAUCAAUAUUUACAACCCAAGAGGAUGAUGAUGAGGAAAUGCAGCUGAAGAUGGAUGAUGAAGUUAAGGUGGCCCCGUGGAACACCACGAGAGCAUACAUACAAGCAAUAAAGGGUAAAUGCCUGCUACAGCUGACAGGGCCAGCAGACCCUACAGGAUGUGGCGAAGGUUUCUCCUACAUCAGGGUGCCAAAUAAGCCAACGCAAACAAAAGAAGAACAAGAAGCUCAGCCAAAACGUACUGUGACUGGAACUGAUGCUGAUCUAAGAAGACUUUCUCUCAACAAUGCUAAAGCACUUCUUCGAAAAUUUGGUGUACCAGAAGAAGAGAUAAAGAAGCUGUCUCGAUGGGAAGUUAUUGAUGUUGUCCGAACACUUUCAACUGAAAAAGCAAAGGCAGGAGAAGAAGGAAUGACAAAGUUUUCUCGUGGAAAUAGAUUCUCUAUUGCUGAACAUCAAGAGAGGUACAAGGAAGAGUGUCAGCGAAUAUUUGAGUUGCAGAAUAGAGUAUUAUCAUCAAAUGAAGUCCUUUCGACAGAUGAAGGUGAAAGCUCUGAUGAAGAUAGUUCAGAUAUUGAAGAAAUGGGCAAAAAUAUUGAAAACAUGCUGUCCAAUAAAAAGACAAGUACACAACUUUCCUUGGAAAAAGAGGAACAGGAGCGACAAGAGCUGAGGAAGAUGAUUAUGGGUGACGGAGAUCCAGAACAGCGUAAAGGAAAAGACAAGAAAAAAGAUGAUGAAGACAAUCAGUCACUUAGCGGCUAUGGUUCCCAGACAGGUCGCGUGUUGAAAAUCUACCGUACAUUCAGAAAUGCUGAAGGCAAGGAAUACACACGGGUAGAAAUAGUGCGAAAGCCAGCUGUUAUUGACACAUAUCUAAAGAUAAGAACAACAAAAGAUGAAGCAUUCAUCAGACAGUUUGCAACUCUGGACGAGCAUCAAAAGGAAGAAAUGAAACGGGAAAAACGUCGCAUCCAGGAACAGUUGAGGCGAAUAAAACGCAAUCAGGAACGUGAAAGACUUCUAGGAUUCCGUCAUGGUUCAACUCCUCUUGGUAACCUCAGUGGAGGAGGAAGUACAUUAGGAAUGACACUGAAUGGCACGAGCAGUCCCGGUCCGAGCGCUGCCAGUGGAAUGGGUGGAGGCGGCGACACGCCGGGCAGCAGCUCGACAGCAAGUGCGGGAACCCCCUCUGGACCACCCUCGGUGCCCCCGCCAGUUAUACCCACCACAGCACACACCCCACCCAUCCCCACACAGAUCCCUAGUCCCAAUGUCAACUCUACGCCUAAGAGGAAGAGAGCUAAACUGAAGCCAGAUCUGAAGUUGAAGUGUGGUGCCUGUGGAAAUGUCGGUCACAUGCGUACAAAUAAAGCGUGCCCACUGUACCAACCAUCAGCACCGGCUCCUCCAGUUAAUGUAGCAAUGACAGAGGAACAGGAGGAAGAGAUUGAAAAGCAACUGAAUGCAGAUGAUGAAGACUUGGUUAAUGUUGAUGGAACUAAGGUGAAACUAUCUAGCAAGUUACUUAAGGUGUUGCAGCAUGCUGAAGAAAUGAAGAGGAGAACAUUACUACUAAAAGUUCCAAAAGAUGCUGUCAGUUCUCGCAAACGCAGACGCGCAGUGAAUGAAAUGCAUUGUGAUUAUCUGAAACGUCAGCAGAAGCCAGCCAAUCGCCGUCGCACGGAUCCCGUUGUAGUACUUUCUACCAUUUUGGAAACCAUAUUGAAUGAAAUGAGGGACCUGCCAGAUGUGCAGCCAUUCCUGUUUCCAGUCAAUGCAAAGGUUGUACCGGACUAUUAUAAAAUUGUGAAUCGCCCAAUGGAUCUGCAGACAAUACGUGAAAAUCUGAGAAUGAAGAAGUAUCAGAGCAGAGAGGAGUUUCUAGCUGAUGUUAAUCAGAUUGUUGAAAAUUCAACACUUUACAAUGGUACAAAAAGUUCACUGACAGUAGCAGCUCGCCGCAUGUUGGGUCUGUGUGUAGACAGGUUGGCUGAAAAAGAGGAUAGGCUUAUGAGGCUUGAGAAGGCUAUUAAUCCACUACUGGAUGAUAAUGACCAGGUUGCACUGUCAUACAUCUUGGAUAAUGUCGUGAACAACAAACUGAAGGCCAUGUCUGAAUCAUGGCCAUUCCUCAAACCUGUGAAUAAGAAACUUGUGAAGGACUACUAUACUGUUAUCAAGAAUCCGAUGGAUCUAGAAACAGUUGCCAAAAAGGUUCAAAGCCAUAAAUAUCAUAAUCGAUAUGAAUUUUUGGCUGAUAUAGAAAGAAUCUUGCAAAAUUGUAUUAUUUACAAUGGUAAAGAUUCAACUUACAGCCAGAAGGCAGAAACUUUGGUAAAAGUAUGCCGAGCCACUUUGGAUGAGUAUGGAGAUCAUUUAACACAACUUGAAAGCAACAUAAGUUUGGCACAAGAAAGGGCUCUCGAGCAAGCAGAAAUGGAUCCAACAUGGUUGGGAACUGAAGAAGAAAAUUAUGCCAUCACUGAACCUGAACAUGCAAGUCAGAACAGUUCUCCAGAUCAUGGUUUUGGCAAAUCAAACAUGGAUGAUUAUGACUUUGUUGAUGUGGAAGGAGAUGAGACAGAUGGAAGGGCAGCAGGAAGAUCAAGAAAGAAAGAUGUCCUAGAAGAAGAUUUGCAGUUUUCAAGUGAAGAAGACUUGGACGACAUACCUUUAUCAGAGGGAGAACCAGUUCCAGAUGAUGACAGUCAACAAGCAGCUGAGGCAAUGGUGCAGCUUGGUAAUAUGGGUUAUUAUCCUCCAGUUCAGCAAAUCCAACAGGAACAAGAAGAGAGUAUGGAUGUAGAUCCAAAUUAUGAUCCAUCAGACUUCCUCCUGCAAGGACUUCCACAACACAGAGACUCAGAGCGUCAAGAAUCACAAAGCCAAGUGCGUGACAAAAUACACGACGAUUUAGAGGUUAGUGAGUCAGAUGAGGAUGAACCUCAGAGUGCUGCAUCACAUUUGGUAUCCACACCAGCACAUGUUCCUGCACCUUUGUCAAUGCAAGAGCCAGAAUCAGUGCAUGAAGACACUCCACAGCUGCCACUGCAAAUGGAUUCUGAACUGCAGCAGGUAGAACAAAACAAAAAGGAAGAUGAUGAUGAUGAUGGGGGUGAUCUUUGGUUCUGAAAUGGAUUUGUAUUGGGCUUUUAUAUACCAGUGUUGCUUGUAUUGUUUAAUGUAGACAAAUUGUAUUUGUCUACAAAAGUUGCAGUUUUAUCGACAUUGAAUGUCAUAAAAACAAAUGCAGUGACCCUCUAAGAUCUGUAUGUUUUGGUGUGCUUUAGCAUGGUCAUUUCCAAAGAAUGACUGCAUUUUUCAGUUGUACAAAUAGCAAAACCAAGGAAAUAUGUGUUGUACAAAUGUGUGAACCAUAAACUAAGUGGUGUCUUUUUAUACAACUUAGUUUUGUGCCUAUUUUUGUAAUAUACACAGAAUUUGUUUCCUGUAUUUAUCAUCAUUUUUUUGUAAUUUGGUUUCACUGUAUGUGUUUUGUAAAGUUCAAAUCAUCCUCAGUAAGAAAUCUGAUACAAUACUGGAAUGUCAUGGAAAGAAGACAGAUAGUGAAGAGAGUUGAGGUAAUCACUCAUUGUAUACUUGAUGCAGUGAUCAGUUGGACAGACUUAUAAACAACAUUGACAUCAAGUAUAUGGUAAGUUGUUACCUUUACUCAAGAAUUGAUAUGUAUACCUUAUCAUUAAGUGUAUUAGAAGUGCAUAACUUAAGGAUUUUGCUGUUAAAACUGGAGAUUUAUUUAUCUUCAUUAAAUUGCAUAUAUGGUCAUUGGGUGGAACUCUGUGUGUGUGUGUGUGUGUGUGUGUGUGUGUGUGUGUGUGUGUGUGUGUUGGGGGGGGGG